AUGGCAGCGAAGGCAGGAACCGCGAGCGUCUUGGGCGGCCUCUCCGGCGGCGAGUUCAUCUCCGUGGCCGGUCUCCGCGCCGACGGACGUCGCAGCCACGAAGUACGCCGCAUCCGCACGCGUUUCGGCCUCUUCUCGCGCGUCGACGGCUCGUCGUACUAUGAACAAGGCAACACAAAGGUCGUCGCAGUGGUCUACGGCCCGCGAGAGCUCCGCGCUGCGUCCAUGAGCAGCAGCAGCGGCGGCGGCGGCGCGGCCGUUGUCGGCACCGGCGCAGGAGAUGCAGUGGGCAACACGCAGCCACGGGCAGUGGUGAACUGCGAGUUCACGCAAGCGGCUUUUGCCACGUCGGAGCGCAAGGCCCAGCGCAGCAGCGACCGUCGGAAGCUCGAGAUGUCGCUGGCCGUCAAGCAGAUCUUUGAAGCCUGUAUCCAGACGCAGCUGUACGCUCGCUCGCAGAUUGACAUUUUCGUCCAGGUGCUGCAUGCUGACGGCGGUGAGCUGUCGGCCAGUAUCAAUGCCAUUACAUUGGCGCUGAUCGAUGCGGGGAUCGCGCUCAAUGACUUUGUCGUGGCGUCAUCGGCUGGGUAUUUGCAGCAGACGAUGCUCUGUGACUUGAGCUACGCAGAGGAAGUGGCGCGUGCGCCGCAGAUGGUGGUUGCGCUCAACCCUCGGUCGCAAAAGCUGAACUUGCUGCAGAUGGAGUGCAAGCUGCCGCUCGAGCUGUUUGAGAGCCUCAUGGAAGUCGCGACCGAGGGCUGUAACCAGAUUUACGACUUGUUGCAGAACGCCGUGCGGGAGAACACGAGGAAGCGACUGCGUCUGCGCAAUGCAGCAAUCGCUGCGUGA